AAAAAUGAUUCUUUCAACAGAAUAUAUAUUAAAAAAAUGCGACGCCUUGAAGAAGACUUUCCGCACACUUAGCAGAUAUAUUGGCCCUCAGCCUCUGUCAAAACUCGGCGUUGUUCAACAGAAUCUUUUUCCCCUUUACAUUUUCUCUCUCUACACUCGUCCGCUCAACAGAAUCUUCUCCAAAAUCCACACUGAUUAACGCCGGCGUAGUUUUCCGAUCAGGCGAAAACCAGGAUUAGGGACAAGCUGAAGGAGAGGAGAAAGUCUAAGAUCCGCUGGAGGAGAAAAUGAGAUCGUUGAUUCUGCCGGAGCUCAGUUCGGAUUUCAGAUUCUCGGCGAAAUCGUGCGUCCGCCGCACAAUCGGAGAGAUUUUGCCCCAAGUAUCGAGGAGCCACGGCGUUUCCGAGAAGAGUCCGAGGCUCGAGGAUUACGCCGUUAGGCUUCGGGAUGAGAUGAAGAAGAUCGACGCCUUCAAGCGCGAGCUUCCUCUGUGCAUGCUUCUCCUUCGAGAUGCGAUUGUAGCGAUAGAAGAAGAAUUAGCUCUGUGUAGGAAAUCAAAUGCUGAGCCUGUGUUGGAAGAAUUCAUACCGCUUAAAAAGAUCUGUAAAGAUGAAGAAGUUGAUAGAGUCGAGAGCCGUCCGGAUAGUGAAACUAGCUCCAGAGAUAAGAUGAAUUGGAUGAGCUCUGUGCAGUUGUGGAACUCCACCAGUCAUCCUUCUCCUGAUCUCAACAGUGACAAACUCACCUUAAAGCUCGAUUCCAACAAAAAGGUAUGGAUCGAGACCCUUUUUCCCGAUGUGUUUCUGUUGUUUGUUGAUUGCGUGCGUGCUGAUGGACUUCUCUUUUUUCCUUCCGUUUGUGAACAGAGAACGGAAGAGGAAAAGAAUCGGCCUGUGAUGGAUAAUUUGUUUCAAAGUGGUAAAAAUGGGAAAGUGGUGAUGAGGCCUUUGGUGCCCUUCACGGAGCGUACUAAUUUUCCGGUGAUGUCUAUAGGGAAAGAGGACAGGCAAGUUCCUGCUCUUUCUUUAUGCACACCCGAAAUGAAAAGCUCAAGUGAAGGGGUUAAUCACAUUGGUUUCAGUCUGAAAUCGUGUCCCAGCCGAUCAGGUUCCCCUCCAGAUGCUAAUGUCCCAUCGAAUUUAAGGAGUGUACAGCAGCAUCAAUCUAGUAGGAAGCAAAGACGCUGCUGGUCGCCUGAUUUACAUCGCCAGUUUAUCAAUGCCCUGCAGCAGCUUGGAGGCGCUCAAGCCGCUACUCCGAAGCAGAUUAGAGAGCUUAUGCAAGUUGAUGGCCUCACCAAUGAUGAAGUGAAGAGUCAUUUGCAAAAAUACCGUCUUCAUAGUCGAAGACUCUUGGCAAACUCCUCUUCUCAACCUGUUGGUCUGUGGAUGCCUGAAGAACAUUGCAAGCCUUCACAGUCGGGCUCGCCCGAAGGCCCGUUCCAUUUGGAAGGCAAUUCUGGAGGACAUGAAGAUGAAGACGACGAAAAAUACUGGGGGAGAUGAUUUAUAAGUUGCCCUCCAUGAGUUUUUUUUUUUUUUUUUUGGGCAGAUACUAAAAAGCCUUUGGGGAGUGUUUGCAAACUUUAAGAAAAAAGUGUUUCUCAGCUUUUAGCCGGAAAACAACAUAUUUUUAGACUUUUUCCGGCUAAAAAUCGGGACACGCUUACGUUUUUCUGUUAAGAGUUUGCAAACACUAACCUUUGAAAUACUAAAUACAUAAAAGAGAUCUGAGGCAGAGUUGUAUUAAAAUUUUGCAGGAUGAGAUUUCCUGGCCGGGAACUCUAUUUUAUUUUUACUUUUUGUUGAAAAACUGAGAUCUUAUUAUUUUAUUUAUUAUUUUCCCUUUAAUACGAAACUUGCGAGUUCGAUGGGGAUUUUGGCACUAUAUUGCCUCAUGAGUCAUGAAUAAUAUAGUAUGAAAUCGUGAAACAUAUGACUAAAAAUAGUUUCUCCAUGAGUGACAAAUAUUAAAUACCAUUGUUAUACCAUUGGAGAAAUUCAAGAUUACGCUUUGUUUUGAAUCCAUGGAUGAAAGUUGACUUGGGAUUGAGUUAGCUUCAAGACUUA